AUGUCGCCCCAACUAGAGAUCUUCAUCAAGGCCCUUUCCCGCCUCUUAGGAUGGAUAUACACGUUAUGUUGGUCCGCGUCCUUUUAUCCUCAGCCGAUCACCAACUUUCGGCGCCGGUCGACAGUUGGCUUAGCCAUUGAUUUUCCCACCGUUAAUACUUUGGGAUAUGUGUGCUACACUGGCUAUACGGCCGCCUUCCUCUACUCUCCCGUGAUUCGUCACCAAUACGCCGCUCGUCAUCCCGGGUCCGAAGGGUCUACCGUGCGGUUCAAUGACUUUGCCUUUGCGGUGCACGCUAUCAUCCUCAGGCUGUUCUGGGGAUCUAUCGCGGCCGUCGCUAUUUUAAUCUUUAUCGUCCUUGGUCAAAGCCCCGAUGGGGGCUAUGAUCCAUCCGGCUGGGGAUGGAUCGACGUCGUAUACGGUCUCUCCUACGUAAAACUACUGGUCACCAUUACCAAGUAUGUGCCGCAGGCUUGGGUAAACUAUAAACGCAAAUCCACCCACGGUUGGCAUAUCGGACAAAUUCUACUGGAUUUAGCGGGCGGGAUCUUGUCCUUGAUCCAGCUGUUUCUCGACUCGAGCUUCCUGGAUGAUUGGAGCGGCAUCACGGGCAACCCGAUCAAGUUCCUGCUGUCGAACGUCUCGAUCCUUUUUGAUAUCCUCUUCAUGGUGCAGCAUUACAUUCUCUACCGGGGCGCGGACGAUCCCGUCACCAAGCAUCAAGACCCCGACGUUACCACCCCUCUGUUGAACGAGUCCAACGGCGCACCGAGGACGGAAGAUGUGUGA